AUGAUUUUGACUUUUCUCCUAACAACACUUUAUUUCGUUGAAUCAACAGUGGGUAAAUCAAAAAAUGAUUCUGCGAGAAUUGCAAAGACUCGAAUUGUGGGUGGAUUUAAUUGCAUAUCAGAAGCGUAUCCAUAUUUGGUGACGUUAUACGUUGAUAAAACGGUGUGGUGCCAAGGUUCUUUAUUAAGCAGUAAGAUAGUUUUAACCUCAGCUCAUUGUUGCGCGAAAGAUGAUAUAUCAAUAGAAGCGGGGAGUACGUUUGCAAGAAGUAAAAUGGUUCAAACAUCUCGUGUUUUAAACUCGAUCAAACAUCCGAAUUAUACAAGAAAAGGAGGUGUUCGACACGAUGUUUGCGUGAUUCAUUUAGCGAGUCCAAUUCGCGAAAACGAAGCCGUUAGUUAUUUAAAAUUGGCUAAUACUAUUAUUUACGAGAAAAUGAUGAAAGAAGGGAAAUGUAAUUUAAGUUUGGUGUUGGGGUUUGGUUACCAAGGUAUUAAAUACAUGGAUGGUCGCUCUGCGAAAGUAAACGUUCCUUACAAUAAGCAACUGCAGUGUUUGUACGUGACACCGAUAUCCGACCUGGAAUGCGGUUUCUUUUAUUCCAAAGGAAUCAACAUGCUCUGUGCGAAGGAUGCCAGAAAUACGAUGCAAGGAGACGCUUGUCACGGGGACAGCGGAGGCCCCGUUGUCUGCAAAAACAUACAAAUUGGAAUCGUUACGGCUGGUUGGGGAUGCGGAAUUGGGGCCCCAUCUUUAGAAAAUAAAAUUUGUGCCGGAACUUUAAUCCACUCGAAUUACGUUCUUUCUUCUGCUCAUUGUUGCCUAAACGACGAUAUUGUUGUAUCAACAAAUAAAAAGAUUACCAAUGUAAUUAGACAACAUUACAAGUACCAUAAUUCCAACGAGAAAUAUGACCACGCUCUUAAAGGGUACGACGUUUGUGUUAUGCAAUUGGGCCAAAGAAUGGAUGAUGUAAAAACGAAAUUGGUGGAUUUGGUUACGCCAACGAUGUGGCAGAAAAUGGUUAAAGAAAAUCAAAUUAAAAAUUGCUUAAUAUUAGGUUUCGAUACUUUGUCGUUAAAGUUUCGUUCAAAAACUAAAAAGGACAAAGAAAAUCAUUCGAAUUAUAGGUGUGGAAAUGUUAGUGUCAUUGAAAAUAGGAGGUGUCCGAACAUCGAUCAAUGGACAAUAUGCGCUUACGAGUUGACUAACGGCACAUCUGAUUUUUGUAGAGAAGAUGCUGGGGGGCCACUUAUGUGUGAUGGGGUACAAAUCGGGAUUUUAUCGUUUGGAAUUUUUUGUGGACAAUCUCCUGGAGUGUAUACUAGAGUUGAUACCCACAUCGAUUUCAUAAAAUCGAUAAUAGACAACGAUUCGCUUUCGAAAUCUAGUUAUAUUAAGAUAAAUUUAAUAUUAGCCGGCGAAAUAACUCCUGUUCGAUCCGGUGGGGAAAACAUUCCGUGGGCGAUGCGACGUGAGGCCAGUUUACACAGUUUAUUCCGGCGUAACAAAGCGGAAACGACUAACGGUGCUCAAGGAGGUGGGAGGGAGGGUUAG